AUGUCCCUGGUCGACGACCACGCCAGUCAGUAUCGCGCAUACAUCCUCACUCCUACCGACCGGCGCGGGGUGGUGGUUAUCGCGGCGACCCUUUUAAUGUCCUGGAUGGUGCUUUUGUUCCUGAUCCGGUUGUAUACUCGUCUGGGCAUCAAUGGGCCGUUGGGGGUGGAUGAUCUUCUGACUGGUAUCGGGACGAUCUUCGGCAUCGCACAGGUUGGAGUGACAUUAAAGGCAAUCUCAUAUGGUUUCGGUUCAUCGCAGGAGCUUCUCUCUCCGUCUCAGAUAUCGAAUCUUGACAAGGACAUAUACAUCGCUGACAUCCUCUUCCUCCUUGCCCACGCCCUUGCCAAAGCCUCCGUGGCGUCCCUCCUGCAGCGCGUCGACAACGACAGGAAAUUCAGGAGGCUCUGUCUGGGCGUCCUGGUGUACAUAGCGGCGUGGGCCUUUGCAUCUUUGCUUGCUGUGUCGAUACGAUGUAAUCUGAGCCAUCCGUGGUUAUUGAAUGGGUGCAGUGCUUGGGAUGUUAGUCUCCGUUGGCAGGUAAUAGCCGCGUUCGAUGCAAUUUCAGAAAUCUGCUUAUUCGGCUUACUCGCCUAUUUGAUCUGGGACCUACACAUGCGUUUAUCCAUCAAGUUUGUGUUUCUGGGGGCGUUUGGGACGAGGCUUCCGGUCAUCCCCCUCACCAUCCUGAGAGCAAUCUACCUAACCCACGCCCUCGACAGUCCCGACCCAUCUCUGGAAGCCGUCAACACUGCCAUAACCACACAGGUCCUCCUUCACUACAGCCUCAUGGCAGCGACAAUACCAUGUCUGAAGCCGUUCGUGAUUGCCUUCAAUACGGGCUGGGGACAGGGCCUGAUUGCCAGGGAAGGUAAAAGCUACUGCUACGUUAGACGGUCUGCAGCCGUUGCUUGUGGGAAUAACAAUAAUGAUGGCCCCGGGCAGUUUGGGAAAUCGAAGAAUCAGCAUGAGAGGGAGGUGCCGGAUGGGAACAAUAGUAUCUAUCGGGGUCAUCAUGAUCAUCGGGUUGGUGUUAGUAGUCCUGCCGGGGGGGAUAGGGCUGAAGCUGCGCCUUCAAUUCAUAGUAAUGACUCCCAGAUGAUGAUUAUUCGGCAGACGCAGGAGUGGAGUGUCGAUGUUGAUAUUGAGUUGAGGCAGUGGAAAUGA